AUGAAGGAGUUUCAAAUUGAGGCGAAAGUAAAUGAUUUCAGUGUUGAUCUCAUACAUAGCGAUUCAUUGAUGUCGCCACGUUCUCGCAAUGAAGCGAAAUUCUUCAACUCAUCUAUCGAUGACGAUGAUAAAAAACUUGUCUCACGACUUGGUCCAGUUCAAGGUACGUACCUAAUGAAGAUUUAUAUUGGCACUCCGGCCGUUAAAAUGCUUGCCAUCGCGGACACAGGAAGUGAUUUGAUAUGGAUACAAUGUGAACCUUGUCCUUAUUGUCAUCGCCAAGACGCACCAUACUUUAAACCAGAUAGGUCUGAUACCUACAACGAACUUCUUUAUGACACAGAAUUCUGCAAGUCUCUAGCUAAACCAAAGAGAGGGGGCUUAAAUCGUUGCUUGUAUAAUCAGACUUAUAAGGACGAAACAUAUUCAUUAGGUGUCCUAAGCAGUGAGACGUUCUACUUAAAAUCCAGUGCCAGCAUAAAAGUUCCUUUUCCUGGAUCGGUGUUUGGAUGUGGUCACAAAAAUGACUUGCAUUCAAGUAAUACUCGUAUUCAAGGUAUCGUUGGUCUUGGAGCAGGACCAUUGUCAUUAGUUUCUCAAAUAGGAACCGAUAAAUUCUCUUAUUGCUUACUCCCCCGAACGUCAACAGCUUCCAAUAAACUUAAAUUUGGUGUGGGCGCAACAAUAUCUUCUUUGAACAAAAUACUUUCAACUCCAUUUACGCUUGGAAAUCGUCAUUCGCACUACCUUGUUACUCUUGAAAGCAUAAGCAUUGAAAAUGAGAGAGUUACAACGGAGGAAAGCCAAGGUAAUAUUAUGAUGGAUUCUGGGACAACGCUGACUAUGUUGGAUUCAAGCAUGUACAAAAAACUAACAGAUAAACUUAUUGAAGUGAUUGGUAAGAGCCCAGUCGCAGAUCCACCAGAACCAUUAACAUUUUGCUACGAAGCAGACUCUAUUAGUCUUGAUGAUCUCCCAGAAAUGACUUUCGGCUUUAGUGGUGGAGACCUUGCGCUAAAACUUAUAAACACAUAUUACGGAUAUCGUCGUAAUAUGAUCUGCUUGACGAUAGUCCCAACAACUCAUCAGCAGAUUUUUGGUAGCAUGGCGUAG